GCGGGGUAAGAUGGCGGAACUGGGGAAGAAGUACUGCGUGUACUGCCUAGCCGAGGUGAGCUCCCUGCGCUUCCGCUGCACCGAGUGCGCCGACAUCGAGCUCUGCCCCGACUGCUUCUCGGCGGGCGCCGAGAUCGGCCCGCACCGCCGAUGGCACGGCUACCAGCUCGUCGACGGCGGCCGCUUCACCCUCUGGGGCGCCGAGGCCGAGGGCGGCUGGAGCAGCCGGGAGGAGCAGCUGCUGCUGGACGCCAUCGAGCAGUUCGGCUUCGGAAACUGGGAGGACAUGGCUGCUCACGUGGGAGCGUCCCGAACGCCUCAGGAGGUGAUGGAGCACUAUGUGAGCAUGUACAUCCAUGGCAACCUGGGAAAAGCCUGCAUCCCCGACACUAUUCCCAACAGAGUGACGGAUCACACGUGUCCCAGCGGCGGCCCGCUUUCGCCGAGCUUGACCACGCCGCUCCCACCGCUGGACAUAUCGGUGGCUGAACAGCAGCAGCUGGGAUACAUGCCGCUGCGGGACGACUAUGAGAUCGAAUACGAUCAAGACGCCGAGACUCUGAUCAGUGGCCUGUCGGUGAACUAUGACGACGAUGACGUGGAAAUAGAGUUAAAAAGAGCUCACGUAGACAUGUACGUAAGGAAACUGAAGGAGAGGCAGCGGCGUAAGAACAUUGCACGAGACUAUAACUUGGUACCAGCCUUUCUGGGGAAGGAUAAAAAGGACAAGGAGAAAGCUCCCAAACGGAAGAUCACGAAAGAAGAGAAGGAGUUGAGGCUGAAACUGAGGCCUCUCUACCAGUUCAUGUCUUGUAAGGAGUUUGAAGACUUCUUUGAGAACAUGCACAAGGAGAGGAUACUCCGAGCAAAGAUUCGGGAGCUGCAGCGGUAUCGCCGAAAUGGAAUCACCAAAAUGGAAGAGUCGGCCGAAUACGAGGCGGCCAGGCAUAAACGGGAAAAGAGGAAGGAGAACAAAAACAUAGCUAGUUCUAAGAGAGGGAAGGAAGAUGGUAAAGAAGGUGAAUUUGCUGCCAUUGAAAACCUGCCUGGCUUUGAACUCUUAUCAGACAGGGAAAAGGUGCUCUGCAGCUCUCUAAACUUGAGUCCUGCACGUUAUGUGACGGUAAAAACUAUAAUCAUUAAAGACCAUCUCCAGAAAAGACAAGGAAUUCCUUCGAAGAGUCGCCUUCCCAGUUACUUAGAUAAGGUACUGAAGAAAAGGAUUUUAAACUUUCUAACAGAAAGUGGUUGGAUAUCCAGGGAUGCUUCAUGAAACUUGGCUGAUUUGAAAAAACACAGCAGAGGCCCAUUACAGCCUCAAGGACUCCGUUAUUUUUUCCUGCCCUCCCCAAAGAUACAAAAAUUAUGUCACUUAAACAAAAAAAAGUAAACCCCCGCAGUAUUCAUGAUCCGUGGUUCAAAUAGACUUUUGCUUUGGAUCAUAGAAAAUACUUAAUUGUGAAAGUUUGACAUUGGAUUUCACUGCUUUUGGUACAUUAUUAGAACAGGUUUCUUUCAUGUGAACUUACUCAAGUCCAGUGGUCCCAGAGUAGUUACUUUACUCGUUCCUGUUGGACAAAUGAGUAUCAGUGUAAUCCUUGCUUUUCUUUGAAGGUGGGAGAUAGUUUCAUUUGCUGGAAACUUUCUUCUCCCUUUGCUGUGUGUUUUGGCUUAAUGCUGGCAGCAAAGCGAAGCUUACAAAAGUCCCGAGCGCAGGAGCACGGUGAGCAGGGGUUUUUGUAACCGUUGCUAAGCUUUCAGAACAUUCUCCUUAGUAACUACAGCCGCGGCACUGGGACAGCAGGGUGAGAGUUUCUGUUGAGAAUACAGCAGGGAUGAGCCGUGGCAGGGAGUGGAAGGAAAGAAAUGCGGUAGGUGAGAUGCCUUCAGGUGCUUGUGCUGUGGAAGGGGUUCUCAAAGAGCUACCUUGACACCCAGCUGGUCCGGACAUAGCUUUGACUGUGAGUUUUUGCUGAAACAGACUCCACUGGAGCUUCACUGUUAACUACUUAGCAGCAAAGUUGCAGGAGUACCUGGCAGCUGUGGUGCUCUGUUCAGGAGGGAGGGUCAGCGCUGCCGUGGAGCGGCUGGUGUGGGCCAGAAAUGGGGUUUGGGACAACAGGCAGCGAGUUGUCAUGCAGAGGUUGGGAGCCUCAGGCAGCAAAAUCACUGUUUCUUCUUGCUGGGGGAGCCUACUCCUCCUGCUUUGGUCUCUGUAACUUCUGAGCUUGUAUGGGCUGAAGAGGUGUAGCUGCUGCCUCCGGAAUUUGAUUGGGACUGACGGGGAAAGGGAGUGAGAUUCUCAAGUGGAGUGCGAUCACUGAGAUUGGUUUUUAAAAACAAAAGUGAAAAGCGGUGCCGAUUAGGUCAAGAGUCACAGCUAACGUGCUCCUAAAGUGUGGAGCUGUAAACCAAGCCAUUACGGGGUUCUAAUUGCACAAACCUUGAAAUGUAUCGGACUAAAUGUGUUGAAGUUGAAAUUACUGAUGUGGCGGGAGAAUGGGGAGUGCAGCCCACCUCGGUGAGAACAGUGCACCCCGAGAGGGAACUCGUCACAACUCUGACGACUGCUCUGAGCUGGUGCUUGCGACAGGCACCAGCAGGUGACAGAAAUGUCAGACCCACAGCAGUUUUAGUAAGAAUAAGGGGAAGAUGUUGAAGGAGGACUAGAAAAGGAUUUUUAUGCUCAUUUCAUCCUUAAAUUCCCGUGCUGGUAUUUAACCAAAUGAAUAAAAAGUGGUGGCUGCCGUGUGGUGGUUGCACAGUGUUACUUGUGCCUAAGCCUCUCUGCUGGUCAUGUCCGGGGCGGGAAGCUGUGACCCGAGGCCGGCUGGGCAGGGCUGCUGGAGUGCAGGUGUGCCAAAACGUGGAACUUGACUGGCUUCACAACAAGUGCAAGCACUGGACACGCCAUCCUGGUUUGAGGCUUUGGGCUGUAGUCAGUGAGGAUACUUAAAACAGUAUCAAUUCUGCAACUUGGCAGAGGUAUACUGAUCAGAACUGGGUUUUAGUUAACGUAGCCAGCAUUACCAAAAUAGUGUUACCGGUGAGUUUAGAAUAAAAGGGGUACAGUUACAAAGCCAGCAUUUCUAAGGAAGAAAAAACCCAACACUCUAGUGCCUUUUUCUUUUGAGCCUGUGGUGUUAUGUCCCUUCAGAAAAAAGUAAGGGCUAUGUUCUCACAGAUGUAAUGCUUUGUUUGGCUUACCUGUAAGUGGCUUGUUGUGGAAUACUUGAGACAAGACUGUCUCUCCUUGGCAGCAUUGGAACUAACUGCAACGUGCCGAGUAGCUUUAAGAACCACCCUGUGUGCGUGUACAAACAGCACAAGUUCAUAAGGUAUAAACCCUUGGUUAUUUUCUCUGUCCUACUGUGGAAAGGAAGCUCAGCCUUUCUUUCUAGUUAUACAAUUUGGUUCUUGCUGUAACUUAUUACUUAACUGCCAUAACAUACCAGUAUUGAUAGUGUUCUGGAGCCUCAGCUCUGCAUGUAGCUGAGAGUUUAAACGAAUCGUUUUGGUUUUUAUUUGCAAAUCUGUGAUUUUUAUACUUCUACGCUGUUUUGGCACAUCUAAGUCCAACUGAAGCAAUAGUCUAAAGCCCAUCUGAACAAUAACUUAAAAAAAAAAUCUAGGCACCAAGGACUCAUUUAAAUGUUGAAGUGAAUUCUGCAUUUAAACUUUGUAGUUUAAUUCCUCAGCCCCUCCAAAAUGUUUCUUUGGUGCUAGACGUAACUUAUUGAACAUCAAAAUGAAUGUAAAAUAAAGUAUUUUUAAUGUAUGAAAUAUGGAUAUCAAUAUUUAUUUUAUACUUGCAAGCAAAUUCAAGGUGGUAAAUGUUUGCUUUAGCAAAUACUAGUCCCUUGGAAAGGGCUUCCCUAGAAGCAAUGUCUCAGUGUCAGCUAUGCUUUUAAUUUUAAAGGUGACUUGCACUAGAGGAUGCUGCUGUUCCAUAUUUUCACAUGGAACUGAUUUAGUCUAAGCAUUCCUUUGUUAUGAGCUGCUGUUUUUUUUGUUUGUUUUUAAAUUGAGAUGCAGUUAUGUUAAUCCAGCAAUUUACUAGAGCUACGCUGCUUCUCUUCUGUGGUGAAGGGGCUGAGAAAACACAUGGCAAAGAGCUCUUCAACUUGUAUCUUGUGUUGAUCUGGAAGUGCUUCCUGUACUGUACAAAUAACCUAGCCUUCAUGUUGCUAAUGAAAAGGUGUUUUAUAUGCUUAAUGCUCUUGACUUUUCUAAUUAAAGAUAUUACUAAUGAUAGUAUCUGUCCUAACAGCGUUGAUGUAAGCCUAUGAAGAAGUGACAUUCUGUAAGCUGUUCAAAAUACUGAUCUUCUGCUACUGACAGAGGCAGCAAUAAGUCUGUUUUAAUGCUGUAUGCUUACUUCGCUCAGUCCAGUCCCAGUGAUGUUUUACAGUCACACUUGCUCAUUAGGUAACAAGGGAGCGAUAAUCUCCACUCCAUGUGUACUACCUGGUGCAGAAGGGCUUGUUACAGAGUAUUCUGGAUACAGACCCUCCUGCCCUACGUUCCGUUGCAGUCCUAGCAAGCAUUAAGAACAGCAUUAGAAGGUUUGCAUGAGUCUUUGACCAUGAACUGCCUUGUAAAUCACACAAAUUAAGCACUCUGCCAAUUCUUACUCUCUCGUGCGGCGGCUGCAUCAAAUUUCUUUGCAACUGUAAUGGACUUCAUUAGCCUUUUGGUUUACUAUCUCUUCUUGCAAAAUGUUUUUGCAUGUGCUGCCUCACUUGCUCUUACGUGAUGACACAUUAAAUACUGUGAAGGAAGGUACCUGGUGAGCAUAUUCAGCUCAUCAGCUUCUUCCUUAAAGGGAAUGUUGCACUCAUUUGAACAGUGUACUGGUGUAGCUGUGCCAGACACACAAAUGCCUGUGCUGAAAUCAUGUAAAACCGAACUGAUGUUGUGCACACUCAGCAUUUUACUAGGUUUUGGCAUUGUAUAUUGGUAAAUAAACUUGUAUUGAAGUUU